CAUAUGGCAAGCAUCAACACGUGUCGAUGGAUGCCUCGAGGGACACGAGGCUUCCCGCUCAUUGCAUGUCCAACCUUUGCCUUUCACGGGAGAGAGAUGCCAUCGCCACGCCGAUGCCGCGUUGGUCUUUUGACUCCGUGCGUGGUGGCGGGCCGGGCAUCCAUGGAGACGCGUCGUCGGCGUCGGAGCGCCGUCCAUGCCGUGAGUUUAUAAAACGGCUGCCGAGGAGCUUCAUUUUGUGCAAACGGUACCCGUCCGCAUCAACUCGUCAAGGACCAACGGAGUCUCUAGGAGGAUUGUUGCGCAUGAUGAGGAGCAUUGGCUGCCGGAAGAGGAUGGACGGGAAGAGCGGCGGCGGGUCGUGGCGGCAGGCGCCGGCGCCGGUGAGGCAGCUGUUCCGAAGGGUGAGACGCGCCAUGCUGCGGCCAAAACACCGGGCCGUGAGCUUCGAGUAUGACCUCAAGAGCUACUUCCAGAACUUCGACGAUGGCCUCGUCCCCGCCCACCGCCUCUAGCAACACCGGCAGGAAAUACUAUUGUUUUCUUCUUUUCAGUUUUAUUACUACUUACGGCCCGGCCGGACCACGGCUCGUGGCCCGAGAGUACUCUAUUAGUAUUAGCCGGUACUGUUUGUACAAAGGAUGAUUCUUGUCUAAAACUAGCAAUGAAAUGAUAGUGUAUCUA